CGGGUAACCCCAUAGCCCACAGUUUAUGAUAACCCGGCGGACUGGGCGAUGGGCUCGCACAGUGACCUGGGCCCUCUCAUGAAAUAACCGAAGAUCCAGCAUGAGCAGGGUGGCCUUGCAGGAGAUAGCGGGCAAGUAUGGGCUGUGCCCCGGUGGAGGGGGGGGCUGCGCCGGAGGGGAGGAGGGGGCUGGUAGCCUGCAACAGCAGCUCGAGGAGCUGAAGCGCAAGCUAAAGGAGGAACACCGCAAGGAGCUCAACAUUAAGGAGGGUGCAGAGAACCUGCUCAAGGCCACGACAGACCGCAAUAGCCUGGCAUACAUCAACUCCCUCGUGGAAAAGUCCAACUCGCGCCUCUGCGACCUCCGCCGGCAGCUGAGCGACCUCACGGCCGACAUCCUCGUCAUCCAGGGACACCCGUCUGUGCAGGAUGAGCAGCCACUGUUAAUGGACAGCUGCUGUGAAGACAAGGGGGACGUACCACCGUCCACGACGGACCAGAGGCUGCAGUCGCUCGAGAAGCAGCUGAACAUCGAGCUCAAGGUGAAGCAGAGGAUGAAGAACAUGCCGCAGAUGUACAGCUGCGGGCCCUCCAAGGACCGCGAGCUGCUGGUCGAGGCCCAGCUGAUGCAGGCGGACCCCAAGGCUAAGAUCGACUACAUCCGCAUGAUGAUGGCACACCUGAGGCAGAGCCAGAACGCACAUGCCAAGAGGAACCAUGCCGACGGCACCGCCACGGACAGAGGGGGAACCAACAACCACCUCGAUUCGGCUGUCGUGGCAGGCAAGGUGGUGGACUGCACGUCCCCCUUGGAGCUCCAGAUGGAGGACCUGCGGCAUCGGCUGAAGGGGGAGUGCGCCGUCAUCGAGGGGGCCAAGAGCAUGCCCAAGCUCUGCCAGGGCAGCAAGGUCUUCCAGGAGCGGUAAUCCCAGGGGGCACGAGCAGCACAAACAACGCCGCAACCGCACCACCUUGACCGACUACCAGAUGGCAGAGCUGGAAAAAGCC